UUACGCAGACUGGUAGUGUGUAAUACAAAAUGAUACCCAGUUAAAAGUUACAUAAUAUAUUAUUACAUAGUUAAGUUUCCUGACAUCAAUAGUUCCUAUUUAAUGAUUGCGCUUAACCAGUUCGUCAAAAAUCAUGUACAUUUUUAGUUCAGGUUUUUAAUGCGGUUGUCUAUAACAUCACCUAUCACGUGUCCACGUCCAACUUAUAUUAAUUAUUAUUAUUCCAACGUUCGUAAAUAAUAUUAAUUUCGAACAUUUUCGUUUUCUGGUCGUAAUAUUAAUGUUUAAAACAGUUAAAAAUAGUGUUUAAUAUUUGUAUUUUUAUUGUCAUGUGCCAAUAGAAUUUGGUGACCUUAUCUAUUUUUAUGUUCCUCGACAUCGAUUAUCCUACCUAGUCGCUAGUAUACGAUAUCAUAAUAUUAUCUUAAUAGCAUAUUAGUAUAUUACAACAGUGAACACAUUUUAUGCUUUUCGAACUUUCCGUGAACGUGACAGUUCUCGUAUAAUCUUGUGUACUGUGUACCUAUACGUAUAAUGUAUGUAGUAUGUGAAAGUUGAUAUUUUACUGACAUCGUAUUCUUAUUCCGACGAGGCAUGAACGAGUUCGCAGUGUUUAACGUAGAUAUAUUAUAUAAUAUAACAUACAAUUUAUUACUAUACUCUCGUUUGUUUCUAUUAUUUAUUAUUAUUAUUAUUAUUAUUAUUAUUAUUUUUUUUUUUUUUUGAAGCACCGACAACAGUGGAUAAGGAUCGAACUCAAACGAGUUGCAUUCGUUGUGUCUGUAUACUUGAGCGACGUUCAGUGAACGAAUUGUGUUCGUCCGGUCAUUACGAUAUGCCUAUUAUAGUUUAAUAGUAUUACUAAUAUUAUUAUAGUGUUGUGUGAUUGUGUGAACGGGAAUUAACGUUACCCGCAGUUGUAGCGAUGUGUCGAUAACGAAAAGGUCAGUUCAUCUAAUUUCUAGAUUAUACACCGACGGAUAUAGCCGUUUUAUUUUCAAACGUUAUAUUAUUUCAUUUUAGUAUUAACAAACGUGCACGCCAAACGGGUUGAUCGUUUAUCGGUCCGUAAAAAGUAAAAAGACCAUAAAAAACACAAUAACCAUCGUAACAGAGAACGACACCACCCCGUUUUAAAUUAACAAAAUGUCUACCCUACCCGACGGCAUCUGCAAACAACUUUUCGCGUGUUUUAUAGUGUCCAUGCCACUGUUGAUGGCCGGUACGACGCUGGGAUGGUCGUCGCCGAUGAUGGAAUACACGUUGAAAGGCACGGCGCCGGUUCACCUGACUUCGGAACAAGAGUCGUGGAUGGUAACGCUGAUCGACGUCGGUAACGUACUGUUGUCGUUGCCCGCCGGUAUCAUGAUGGACAAAAUCGGCCGGAAAAUGUCCGUGUACUUGACGGUGCCGAUAACGCUAGCCGGUUGGAUACUGAUACUGGCCGCUCGGCAGCCCUGGCACUUGUACGUUGCUCGAUUUUUGCACGGCAGCGCGAUGGCGAUCUCGUUGAUCGUGUCCCCGUCGUACGUGGGCGAGAUGGCCAGCAUUUCCGUCCGGGGAUCGUUGGCCCUGGUGGUCGAGCUGACUUACGCUUCCGGUCUGCUGCUGUCCUACGUGGUCGGGUGGCUGGCCAACUACGAGACCCUGGCCAUUGUCGGCGCGGUCAUACCGGUCAUCACGGGCGUGCUGAUGGUGUUCAUACCGGAAUCGCCGUACUACCUCAUGAUGGUGGGAAAACCGGAAGAGGCGGCCCGGUCGUUGAGGAAGCUGAGGAAUUGCGGCGACGAAGAGUUCGAGGAAGAGCUCGAGAUCGUCAGACUGUCCAUCACCGAAGAAAAGUGCAAGGGACAGCUAACGGACUUGCUAAACAGGGAUCGAGCGCCGCUGAUCAUCGUGCUCACGUUGGCCGCCCUACAGAUGGCGUGCGGGGCUAGUGUGAUGGAAGCAUACGCGUCGUCCGUUCUGUACGGCACAGGGCUGUCGCCGAACGCCAGCGCCGUGAUAUUCGGCCUGUUCAUAGUGGUGGCGUGCGUGCCUUUUGCGCUCACUGUGGACAGGUACGGCCGACGGCCGCUAUUCAUGGCAUCGUGUGUGGGCACCACUUUGUGCCACGUGUUCAUAGCCGCGCUCCUGUCGGGGGACAAUGGCGGCAGCGUCGGCGUCCAGUCCAUGACCUCCUUGGACGGUUGGCUGCUGUUGGCCAGCGUGUGCGGCGCCGAAUUCUUUAUCAACAUCGGGCUCAUGCCCGUGCUGUCCGUCAUCCAGUGUGAGUACUUCCCGUCGGACACCCGUGGCCUGGCCAACUCGGCGGUGGUGUUCACCAUCACGUUCACGUCCACCAUCAUGCUUAAGAUCUACCAGCCGGUGACGGACGCGUACGGCAAGCGCGCCAACUUCAUCGGGUACGCGGUGAUCACCUUCUUCGGGGGCCUAUUCUGCUACUUCUGCGUGCCCGAGACUAAGGGCAAGUCGUUCCUGCAGAUCCAAACGGACUUCGAAACGUACGCUUGGCGCAACGGCAAGACCCGCCGCCGCCGGAACUACGAGAGGAUCUGACCGGAUAUUGAGCCACCCUUCCCCCACCACUCAACCACUUCUCGACCGUCAGUAGCGAAGGUGCGUCGUGCACUCGCUCGUAAUUAAAUGUUAUAAUUUUUUUUGUGUGUACGUUAAUUAAUAAUAAUAAUAUUAUAAUAACGAUUGCCGGCCGCCACGUUUUAUGGUUUCGUCAGUGUGAGUUUUGGACUUGAGACGAUCGAGGCGACGUGAGACUUACUUUUUACAUCGUUUUUUAUUUAUUAUAAAUCUGUAGAUAAACGCCGAAAUGCGUCGCUGCAGUGGGUCUUCUGUUUUUUUUUACUUUUAUCAUCAUUUUUUCUUACACGAUUUGAAGUGUGUACAUUAUAUACGUUGACGUGAUUUAUUUUUUUAAACUUUCGUUUGGUUCCUUAAAUCUGUUUACCUACUCUUAUAUUAUACGCCUCAAAGUCGUAUUAUAAUGUUAUUUGCGGUGUUAGUACUUAUUCGGAUGACGGCCAAAGUAGAAACAUCGAGCGGCAUCCCAAUCGCGAAAAAAAAGUACAGACGCGCCGAACGGCCCAACACACGGCGUUUUAUUAUAAUAGAGAUGAUAAACAUUUUAUACGAUAGAAAAAAAUGAAUCAUACAUACAUCGAAAACAUAAAUUUCAUCUCAUAAUAUUUAAUUUUAUCUAUAAAUUCAAUCUAAUUUUGAAUAAUAGUUAUAAAAAGCUUCAAAACAUCGUUGUCUACAGCAACAGCCAGCAUAAUCCAGCAUAAUCAUUUUUCUUAUAUUAUAUAAUUAUAUAAUAUGUAUAAAACAUCUACACACGUUUCAUACCUACACAGCCUAUAAAUGUAUUCAAAUUGCAUACUGAUAACGCUCUUUUGGUUUUAUUAGAAUGAUCUCAGUAAACCCGUAGGCAACAAUGGUACCAACCUAAUUUAGCGGUAAAAGUACAUUACAACAUCGAAUGUGCCAUCAUUUGCUUUUAUUUUACCCACUUAUUAUCCAUGUAAAAUCCGUUGGCCUGUGGAAAUAAAAUGUUCAAAACACUGAAAUCAUGCUACGGGUGAUCCCUAUUAUUUUGUGUACUUACAACGGGGCGAG